AUGAAUUUUCUUCUCUAUUUUUUUUCCGUGGCAAAAGAGUUUAGAGAUGGUCGAAAAGUUUUAAAUGAAAUAUUGCUUGAAAACAAAUAUAAAGAUCAUAAUUCUUACUGGAUCGGUGCAUCUGAUAAACUUUACGAAGGUUAUUUUCGUUGGUCUGAUGGUUUUCCAUUUUCUUAUUCCAAUUGGUUUCCGGGUUGGUCGCACCAAAGUUAUUACAAUCGUCAACCCAACGACGAUGGUUUCAGUCAUCAGGAUUGCGUUGAAAUACGUAGAAUAUUUCCUCAUCCUUCCGGUUCCAGGAUCGUUGAUAAAAUGACGCCUUCUUACCUCUGGAACGAUUUAGAUUGCAACAUUAAAAAUUUUUUUUUAUGCGAAAGACACGAAACAGGAGAUUCUUCGGAGCAAUUACGUAAUCAGGAAUGUAAUAAAACAAUCGUAUUAUCACGUGAACAUCCGAAAGGAACGGUCGUUAGUUUUGGUUUUCCACAUCAAUAUCCUGAUAAUAUAUAUUGCGAAACAAUCGUUGUUGCUCCUCCAGGUUAUAGAUUGAUUAUCGAUUUUGAUGAAUUGGUUAUCGAAAAAGAACCAUCAUGUAGUUACGAUUAUUUGGAAUUGAUAGAAGAUCCCUGGAAUGAAAAUGUUAAUCCAAGGAGGUUAUGCGGUGAUAUGAGUGAUAAACUUAAACUCCAGAGACACAUUUCGCAGGGUUCAAAACUUAAAUUUAUUUUUGUUUCCGAUUAUUCUCAUCAUUAUGGAGGAUUCAAAGCAAGAGUCUCAAUAGAAAAUGAAAACGUAGUAGGGAGAGGAGGAAGGAGGGGGGGCAGUGAAAGGGAUAAAAAGGUUUAG